CGUUCGCCAAGCUGAUUCUGGCGGCUUAUUCGUAAAAGCUGGGUGACGCUGCCGCUGGUUGUGGUGGAAACUUGGGCUGAGGCCUCACGGAGCGGUAAUUUCUGGGCGAGAGUUGCCAAAGACCAAGAGGUGUUGGAAAUCAAUAGCUCUUUUGGCUUUUCCACAAUUUUAAAUAUAUAUGGAUGUCAUCUGACUACAAUGUUUCUGAUGCCAACCUCUUCAGAACUAAACAGUGGACAGAACUUCCUAACCCAAUGGAUGAGCAAUCAUUCUCGUGCUGGGGUCAUAGUAAAUCGUGGAUUUCCUAUUUUGGAAGCAGAUGAAGAGAAGCAAGCAGCUACAAAUACUUCUAAUAGCUUUCCUGUUAAAGCUACACAAUUUUCAAAUAGUUUCAGCUUUAUUAGUGAAGAAGAUACACUUCAUGAAGAACAGAAGUUAGACUCCCUUGGUCCUCAUAAAUUGCAGUCAGAAAAAUCGGAAGUCUGUACAGAGUUGCCUUUAAUUAAAAAGAGACCACAAAUAGUGGAAUGUCAGGUUACUCCUGGAGAUCAGAGAGACAACAAAAGUGACUUUAUGCCCAGUCUUGAUAGUGAUUUCAAAGAAGUGUCUUAUAAAGACCCACUUUUUACAAAGCUUGAACAGCUGAAAGAAGUACAACAGAAGAAGCAGGAACAACUGAAGAGGCAACAGUUAGAGCAACUGCAGAGGCUCAUGGAAGAGCAAGAGAAGCUGCUUACUAUGGUGUGUGGGCAGCAUGUGCUUCCAGGUUUUACCUCAUUGCUUGAUGAUCAGAGUCAGAAGUUCAGAUCUCCUGGAAGUAUACCAGCUGGAGAGAAAGCCACACCCUUCCUGCCGUCAUGUGUCUACCCAAAUCAAACCCAGGAGAAGCUGCAUGCUUCCAGCAUUUUAUCUGAUGAACAGAACAACAAUAACUGUAGAGAAUCUCAUCAUGAUUUUGUUCUAACUUCAACAAAAAGGGCUUCACCCAAUUUAUUUUAUGAAUCACAAUACCAGGAAGCAAUUGUGAAAAAAUAUGAUUUGAAAGAAGAAAAUCCUACAGGAGAAAGUAUUUUACCACAUUGGGAGAAAAUGACUGAACAGAUUCAGGAAGGAAAUAAUGUGAACUUAAAAAAAAUUGGUGAUUCCUCAGAAGUGGUUAAUAUUGAAGAACGGUAUUGUUGUGACCUAUGCUUUUCUUGUUUUCCCUUGAAUGUGCUUGAAGCAGAGGGACAAUGGAAAGCAAAACCCAAGCAGCCAUUCUUAAAAAGGGGAGAAGGUUUAGCUAGGUUUACUAAUACUAAAUCUAAGGUUCAAAAAGGGAAAGAAAGUAAAUUAGGGACUAACCAGAAUGCUUCAGAGGAUCAACCUCUAUUUAAAGUCAACAGACAGCAAUUCCAGCGGAAAAUUGCACUUAUAAAUAAAGAACUGUUUUCAGAGCACCCUCCUGUUAAAAGAGAGAAUAAAGCUAGAACCACGACUGGUUCUAUAACACACAGUCAGAAGCCGAAAGUGCCUAAGAACAGUAAUAGGAAAAGCAUCUCUCCAUCAGGAUCAAAAAUACAGACAGAGAAGAAAUGUAAUGGACAGUUUAGAGAGCAGACCAAGUUAGGAAAAAAAGUUGACUGUAACAAAGAAAAUGUACCUGAGUGUACAAAGCCCUGUGAUGCUAGUUCCAGAGUAUGGAAUAAGACACAGGGGAAAGACAGACCACCACUUUCAACAGGACUUGUCAGCUGCAUGGCUUCUAAGAGUGUCACAAGUGAGGCUGCAAAAGAGUUGGGCUCUUCUCUUGAUAUUUCUCUUCAGAAAAAAUUAGAAAAUUGGGAACAAGAAAAGGAAAAAGAAAAUUGGGAAUUAGAUGAAUUUUUAUUUUUAGAAAAAGCUGCUGAUGAAAUUUCAUUUUCUAGUAAUUCUUCAUUUGUACUGAAAAUCUUAGAAAGAGAUCAGCAGAGCUGCAAAGAUCACCGGAUGUCCUCAACCCCUGUCAAAGCUGUGCAGCAGAAGACAUGUCCAGAGGAUCUCAGGACUGAGAGUAACUGUAGUGAGGAUCCAGGCCCCAGCCCUGCCUGUGAAAAUAAGAGUGAGUGUGAGGUCACAGCCAUGCCACUUGGCUCUCCAUCCUUACCUGAUGGAUUGAAGGAACUGUCUUGCAAAGUUAGUGGCAACACCUUGCAAAGAAGCUAUUCUAGUGGUCAAAAGCCAUGGAAUGUGAGUGAUGAUGAAAGUGUUACGAGCAGUGACAGCAUUGACUCUGAUGAGCGGCUUGAUGUUACCAUAAAGCCGUCCACAGAGGACAGAGAGGGAAGUUUCAGCAACAGAGAGGACAGACCACAGAUCUGUGAUGGCAAGGGACCUUUUAGGGACACCAGGGCUCAAGAAGAUAAAAGGAGAGAUGUUGACCUGGAUUUAUCUGAUAAAGAUUAUAGCAGUGAUGAGUGUGUUGUAACAGAAAGCAUGCAAUCAAAAGUGUCUGAACCUUCAAGAAGACCCUUGGUGCUAAAUGUUAGUCAAAUUGACUUUGAUGAUGAAAGAUCUUGGACUGACCUUGAAGAGAAGUCAUGUAAACAUGAUGUUAAUCUUGGGGAUGAAGCUUUUUACAGGAUGCCCCAGACAGGCUGCCCUGACAGUGAUAUCUGUGUCCUCGACAAAACAAUAAAAAGGAAAAUUGCACCAGUCAAGAAGGGAGAAGGCCUGAGCAAGUCUAAUAGGAGCACAAGUCCUCCUCCCACAUCAGACCUGAUGAUGAAAUUCUUUCCUUCUUUGAAAGGGAAACCAGAAUCAGAUUCACAAUUGAGAAAUGAGCCCAAGUUAAAUAUGAAUCAAGACCAACCAUCUGGUGAGUCAGUGCUUAAGACAUGUAUGAGAAUGAAGGAAACUGCAGACUUUGAGCAACAGAAAGCAAAAGAAUUGGCUCGAAUAGAAGAGUUGAAAAAGGAGGAAAUGAGGAAGCUACAAAGGGAACGUAAAGUUUUUGAAAAGUAUACUACAGCUGCAAGAACUUUCCCAGAUAAAAAGGAACGUGAAGAAAUACAGAUUCUGACAGGAAACCCAUCUCGAAGAUCCAAGUCUGUACCUCCUCAAGAUUUAGGCAACUCAGAUAAACAAGCUGUCUUGCCUAGCAAGCCACUUGAAGAGGUCAACUUUGUAGAUCUUGAAUAUAAAGAGAAGGAAGAAAAAGACGACGUUCAAGAAGAAAUCAGUCAUCUUGAUGGAAAGGUGGAAAAGGUUUAUAAGAAUGGGAACCGGGUUAUAUUGUUUCCUAAUGGAACUCAGAAAGAAGUGAGCACGGACGGGAAGAGCAUCACUGUCACUUUCUUUAAUGGUGAUGUGAAGCAGGUCACACCAGAUGACAGAGUGAUCUACUACUACGCUGCUGCCCAGACCACUCACACCACGUACCCCGAAGGACUUGAAGUUCUGCAUUUCCCAAGUGGACAGAUAGAAAAACAUUUCCCAGAUGGAAGAAAAGAAAUCACAUUUCCUGACCAGACCAUUAAAAACUUAUUUGCUGAUGGCCAAGAAGAAAGCAUCUUCCCAGAUGGCACAGUUGUCAGAGUACAACGUGAUGGCAACAAAAUCAUAGAAUUUAAUAAUGGCCAAAGAGAACUUCAUACUACGCAGUUCAAGAGACGGGAAUAUCCAGAUGGCACUGUCAAAACUGUAUAUGCAAAUGGUCAUCAAGAGACAAAGUACGCAUCUGGUCGCAUAAGAAUUAAGGACAAAGAUGGGAAUGUCCUCAUGGACACACAACUGUAAUGCUCUGUUAACGACCAAUCCAGAACUCACACUACCCAAUUUUCCUUUUUAAAACAUGUACCUUUCCUGUGGAUUCUGUUUAAUUUAUACAUGCUCUGUGUUUAAAUGGCAAAGGUGGAUUCUAAAAUAAAAGCUGACUAGAAAAUCUUCA